AUGUCAGCUAAAGAAUUACCACCAGGAGGAUGUAAUAAAGGAGUGGUUAUACCUUUAGUAUUCUCAUGCCCUUAAGAAUGCAUAUGCAAAUCCAAUGUACCUAAGAAGUGGUACCAUAAAUAGUGUGGAAAACCUUUAUUCGUCAGUGAGUAUGGCUAUAUUUUAUGUGAAAAUCACUUAAAGGAUUGUUCAGCAUUUUUUAUCAAAGAUGCUUUUUUUUAAUGCAAUGAGGCUAAGAAAAAUAAUUCUUGGUAUAAGUAUAGGAACUUGUCUAAUAUGUUGAUGGCACUAUCUAAUAUCGUAUAAGCAGCAGAAUUAAAAGAGGAAGAAGGCCUUAAUAUAUAAUCAUUUACGAAAAAUCUCCUAGACGAACUAAAUAAGAAAUGGAAUAGUUGA